AUGCUGCUUGGAAUAUCAGUCUGCCUUUUGGGAUUAUUGAACCCGAACAACGAGACUUCUUGAAGAGGAAAAUAUUGCGUUAUUGUUCCUACAACUGUCUGAGGCAACUUCGCAUGCUCUCCAUUGGUAACGUAGUUCCGAUGUAUCCUUAUCCUGGCGUUGAAAUUAAGAAAUUGAGAACUCAGUUGAUGUCUUCCUGAGUCGAUGAAACAAGGUGGACAUUUCAUGGGAAGGACACAUAGGCCUUAUUCACGAAUCAUCCUAACUGCAGUGCGUCAUCGAAGACACAUUUCUGAUGGUUAUGGCAGAGAGCACACUCAGUAAUGAAGUGUGAAAAAUAACAGUCCAGACGCAGAUAAAAAGGCAAAAUCUACGUUUUGAGGCCGAAGAGGAAGGUGUUCUGUUAUGCAACAGGCAUUACUUUACAUCAGUCAGAGAUGAAGGAAAAGUCCAAGAAUGCAGCGAAGACGAGACGAGAGAAAGAAAAUGGAGAAUUUUAUGAACUGGCGAAAUUACUGCCUUUACCUUCGGCCAUCACAUCACAACUGGAUAAGGCUUCAAUCAUUCGGCUGACAACCAGUUACUUGAAGAUGAGAGCCGUGUUUCCGGAUGGGCUGGGGGAGGCCUGGGGCCAGCCGACCAGAAUCAGCCCUCUGGACAACAUGGCUAAAGAACUGGGCUCCCAUCUACUGCAGACUCUGGACGGCUUUGUAUUCGUUGUCGCUUCUGAUGGCAAAAUCAUGUACAUCUCUGAGACUGCAUCAGUCCACCUCGGCCUAUCCCAGGUGGAGCUGACGGGUAACAGUAUAUUUGAGUAUAUCCACCCGUCAGACCAUGAUGAGAUGACGGCCGUGCUCAGCGCCCAUCAGCCCCUCCACCAUAACUUCCUGCAAGAGUACGAAAUGGAGCGCUCUUUUUUCCUGAGGAUGAAGUGUGUGUUGGCCAAGCGUAAUGCAGGACUGACGUGUGGAGGAUAUAAGGUGAUCCACUGCAGUGGCUAUUUGAAGAUCCGUCAGUACGUGAUGGACAUGGCGCUGUAUGACACGUGUUAUCAGAUCGUGGGCCUGGUGGCGGUUGGUCACUCCCUGCCUCUCAGUGGUAUCACAGAGAUCAAGCUCCAUAGCAACAUGUUCAUGUUCAGGGCCAGCCUGGACCUCAAGCUCAUCUUCCUGGACUCCAGGGUGGCUGAGUUGACGGGAUACGAACCCCAGGACCUGAUCGAGAAAACGCUGUACCACCACGUGCACGGCUGUGAUGUAUUCCAUCUACGCUUCGCUCACCACCUCUUGUUGGUGAAAGGGCAGGUCACCACUAAGUACUACCGUAUGUUGUCCAAGCACGGGGGCUGGGUGUGGGUGCAGAGCUACGCCACCAUCGUCCACAACAGCCGCUCCUCCAGACCCCACUGCAUCGUCAGCGUCAACUACGUUCUCACGGACGUGGAGUAUAAAGACAUGCAGCUGUCUCAGGAGCAGAGUCGAGCGGCCAAACCCAGCUUAGCCUUUAAGAGUGGCCUGGCCUCCUCUCAGGACCCCCGCAAACAACUCAAAACCAAAGCAGUCAAGAUCAAGAGCAAACUCAAAACAGCCCCCUACCCUCAGCCCAACAGCACCUACCACCCAGACAAGCUAGACUGCUCCCCCCAGGGAGGGAGCUGGAAGGAGAGCCCCCCCUACCCCCUGACUCCCUGCCAGGGGCAGAUCUCAGGCCCCUCUGGAGGCCCAGAGGCUGGAGAGGUCCUGUGUAGUAGCAGCGCCCCCUAUGGCCUCUCCUUCCCCUACCCCUAUGGACACCUACCCCACAUGGACUCCCAGAGGAGGUUGCGACACACCCAGGGUUCUUCCUCCGCCUCUCCCUCCCCAUCUUCCCCUGGCCUGGCUGCCCGGCAGCUGCUCAGCUCCCUGCAGGGUCGAGGGGGAGAGGGGCGUUGGAGCUGUGCCAACGCCAAAACUCACCAUGGUACUAGCCCCGGUCACACCCUGAGGCCGUUCGCUGCAUCGUGUGCCAUCACCACAGCCACCGCAGCUGCAUAUUCAGCAGGCCCCACGACGAGCAGGAGGUACCCCCCCAGCGAGUCCCUCCAUGACGGCUUCUCCAGCUGCUCAAACCCGCGCCCUAACAGCAGGUUUAAGGAAGAGCCCUAUGAGCAUCACACGCUUGGCCAGAACAAGACCACAGAGGACCGCCUGCAUUCCCUGUCACAGGCUACUAAAGAGGACAGCAAGCUGCCGUUCAGUCGAGACUACCUCCACAAGGCCUCUGAGGGUGGUGGUUGCGUAGGAGGGGAGAAGCCGUUGUCCUGUCCCAUGUUGAGUAGCUCUGUGCUGGGGAAGGUGAGCUGCGAGCAGUCCCGGUCCUUCCAUGGCCUGGGCCAACCCUUCCCCAUGCAGGUUGUCCUGGAGCAGCGCAGGAGGCUGUGUAUGAUGGAAUCCCCCUACAGCCACAGUGCCACCGGCCCCCUGGAGAACACAGACAGCAAUGGGGAGCGGGGGAGCCCCAAGCUGCUGGAGCCUGAGGCGGGGGAGGAGGAGAGGAGGAUGUGGAUGGGGAUGGGGGUUGGAGUUGGGAUGGGAGUCGGGGUAGGCCUGCCGGCCCAGGCGCCGUACGUGUCUUUGAACCUCCACCACGUCUUGGCCAAACACAGCUCCUUCCAGGCCCCGCCAUAUGCUGCCCUCGGCCACUUGACGGACAGCUACGGUUACCGCGGUGCCGAAAUUGGUUCUUACGACUACAAGAGCCAAAGCCCCGCCUCCAGCUCCUCCCCUGAGAUCCACAGGGAGAUCCCUCAUUACAUCGGCACGUCCGUCAUCAUCACCAACGAGAGGUGACACAGCCCGGGGGUCGAAGGACAAGGAUGGACAGACACCCUGAGACUUCAGCCUUUUUGGUCAGAAACACAAACAAUGACCAGAAGCUGUAUCAGUGACUAUGUAACUAUGUCAGACAUAAGUCGAGUCACUUUCUGGGGACCCUGUCUGGUUAAGACCGCCACAUGGCUCUCCAUUUCUGUUCUUCAGAUGUUUUCUACGCAGACCAAUGUCAGACUCCUCUAAGGAGCAGCCAGUAAUUUCAGGUUUCUUGAAUAUAUUAUAUUUUUGCAUACUGUUUAGCCAAUAGUAUAAAUGCAUUGUCACAUUCUAGUUCAAAGCCAUUUAUUUUGAUAAAAUGUCAAGGACCUUUGAGCCAUGAUACAAUACAUAAUUUGAGGUACAAAUUGCCUGUGAAGAAUACACCCCUCUAAUGUUGUAACUCAGAGGCACCAAUCAUAACUGACCAGAACAAGAAGAUACUAUAGAAUGGUCAAAAAAAAGCUACAUUUUGAUUGAAUGUAGCAUGAUUUCAACCUAAUUUGCAAGCUAGUUUAAGUGCAAACGUUUUCCAAUGCAGUUCUUUUUUUGUGACAGCGACAUAAAAAGGACAAAAUAUGCCAACACAAAAUAAUAAAUGCUGCCUCUCUACCUUGUAUAUUGAAUGGAAAACUGACAGACGCAAAAGUAUUUCAACGUGGACACAAACAUGAAUGAGGGUAAAUAUUGUUCACCCUCUUUUGAAGUUAACAUUAAUUAAUUUGGUCAAUUCUACCAAUGGCAGAGAUCGGAAACGCAAUGUGUAUAUUUAUUAUUGUGCAACACAUAGCAGCUUGCUUAUUUAUGAAGAAAACCAGGAUCUAACAUGUAUAAUGAGAAAAAUGUCAACUGCAUUGGGGAAAAUGAAACGAAAUAAA